CCACGCUGAAAACCCUCUCCAUCAUCAACCCACACCCGGCAUUACCUGGUUCUUGCAUGCUGGGCUGUUGUGUACGGUCUCGUUAUCACAUACGACCUUCUCGCUUUCGCCUUCAACGCUUCCAGUGCAAGGCUCUCCAAGAGCGUUCAAAUUCUUGGGGUGCAGCCACCAGAAAGUUCAAAGAUCGACGAAGGUUGUGGUUGCCCGGCUACGAAACUGGGGGCAGGUUAGAGGAGCUUUGGGUACUCGUCAGGGCUUCAUAAUCGCCAUCUGCCCCACUACUUUAGAGGACCUACGGGCGGGACUGAGUCCUAAUGACCUGGUGGCCAAGGUGUGGCAGUUGCAUGCUGCCUAUGGGAGCGUGGGUGUCGUCUGUUACCUUUGAGGAAGGAACAAAGGAAGGCUUUUUGAGCAAACCUAGUUCAAACCUAACAUGGAAGAGCAGGGGCGCACAUGUCACUCACCAAUCCUUCAACAUCACGGAUCUGCAGCGCAGCGCAACUCAUUUCGGUAGCUACAGACCUACUAAGGCUACUAGUGUAAGGUAUCUUACCUCACUGCGUGGCACACAAUCAGCUCCCAGGACGCAUUCCAUCUCACCUCGCCGUUUCCCCAAUGCUCAACUGCAUGAUCGCUCCAGUUGUAUUUACCUCUCUCUCCCUACCUAACCUACCGUCAGGGGCAAGCCAUUCAGUACAAUAUCCAUUUCUGUAUCUCAUGACUCGUCAUUUGAUUCGUCUUCACUGUCAGGCUAUCAGUCCGACCGCUCACUACGCAAAAGCAGGGGGCGAGGUCUAGAAAUGCGUUUCCUUAGUACGGC